AUGCAAGCGAUCUGUGCUGUUGAUGGCAAAUUACACUUACUAUCAGAUGAAGCACUCCACGAAAUUCCAGAAGACGUUGAAUACUUUGCCAUCUACGCAGACGAUGAAAGCACUGACAAAGACAACGGUGAUGAUGAAGAAGCAGUAUUCAUAAAAUCUAGAAGGGGCACUACCAUACUGCAAUAUAAAGGACGUAGAUACAGAAAAGCAUACUCUACUAAACUUGGCAAUAGAUGGAUAUGCUCCGUUAAUAAGAAUUGUGGUGCGUUUGUGUACUUGAAUUUGGACGAUGAAAUCAUUUUUGCGAACGAAUCACACUCGCAUCCCAAACAAUCUAUACUGGAAACAAUUGAUGAAAAUCAAGAUGAUCCAGCAGUUGUCAUCACGUCGCGUAAAGGAAAAGAGAUAUUAUUCUUCCGACAGUUUACGUAUAGAAAGCAGUAUACCAGACAUGACAAGACUAGAUGGGUGUGUUCCAACACGAAAAAUUGUCGUGGCGUAAUAUUCACGGACUUGAACAACGUUGUCAUUUCGGCUUAUGAAGAACAUUGCCACCCUCCGCCCAAGUAUUAUACGAAGCGAGACAAUAUUCUAGGAGCUUUGAGAGAGCCACUUGUGGAAUAAUGAAAAUCAGUACAUAGCUCUGCAUACCCUGCAAGGUAUUUUAGGCAAAGAUAGAUAGAAAUCAUAAUAAUCUGUUACAAAUAGGUAUAAGUGACAUUUUCAAAGAGACAAAUUUAAUUUU